ACACCAAGUACUAGUAUGUGUGUGAGUACUCCACAUAACACAUCUCAACAUUCACCGCACAUAUCACGCAUCAGUCACCUCAACUCACUACAAAUCAACUGCUUAAUCUAUGUUCAUGUUAAUCUUAUCUUUGCAGCUCGCGACCACAACAAGCAAGAGGCCCAGCGCCGCCGUCAACCACCACUAUAUACCAUUUUACAAAAUGUCAACCUGGUAGCCGAGCCAAAGCCUCACCAAAUCGGCCGGAAACGUCCAAAUGUCGCCAAGACGGGUGGUGACUGGGAGCAGUUCUACGACAGCUAUAAUGCCGGGGGUGCUAUGGGUCCGUGUGGUCCCCGACUGACCCCGCCGUUGAAGCGACCACGCCUGAUGGUACCUAACCUGCGACAACAACCUCGAGCCCAGUCGCCAAAGAAGGUAGCCACCCCGGGUCUAGAGGACCUCAAGACAUACAGUGCCGCUCAGGUCGCAGUGAGAAAAAACAAUAAUAGCGACAAUAAAUACCAGAUGAAUGAAGACAACAAGACGGAAAUCUCUUGCAAGUCUAUCAAAGUUACAAGUAGCCCGGACAUCCUGAUCUGUGGAAACUGCCGGGAGUUAUUCUCUAACCUGGGUGACUUCAUAGACCAUCGCCGCACCUACUGUAAAUUGAGAUUCACCUGCAAGUGCUCCUCACACAACGGCGUCAUGCAGGAGAGUGCCCUGCUACUCUGCGCGCUCUGCAAGGAGAACUUCGCCUCUGCUUGGGACCUGAUGGUACACGCCCAGGCUGCUCACAUGGUCAACAUCUAUCAGUUGGGCUCCAAGGACGCCCUACAGGAUAGUGCCACGUGCAGCACGGCCGAGGACAGCACGGCAGGUAGUACGCCCGGCAGUGACCUGGGUGGCGACAUGAGUACAGAGAGUAAUGGAGGUGAGGCGAGUGGCGAGCCUGGCCAGUGUAUCAAGGUGGACGAGGAAGCCCGCGCCGCCAUGCCCAAGGAGAACGGUGUGGGAGGCGACGACGAGGGAGAAGGUAGCAGUGACCUGAUGAACGGGGCGUCGCCUCUGCCCCAGCACGUGGAACUGGAACAGGGCGAGGUGGUAGUGACCCAGUGAGUCACCACCCCCGCACACCACACCCACCACACCUCACCACACCUUCCUGCUCCUCUCUCCUCUCCCCUAGCCUCUCCCACGCCUGUCUCUCUCACAUCACCACUACGACAGUCAGAAAAACGUUGCUAAGUUGUUCAUGACACCUUGUUGUCGGAACGUCAAGUCGUCAGCGACUUUGUGUGGCGUAUAACUUGGGCCUUGUGGUUGACAGGAAUAAAUACCUAAACAUUUUCCGGCAAAACAGUAGCCUAUAUCUUUUUGCAAACUAUUGUGCAUCUUUUUUUUCUUUUCCUGGAUGUGUAUUUUCUGUAAUUUAGUUUCAUACAAUCAAAGUGUAUGCAUUCAGCAGUAUUUUUCUUCAGAAAAAAAAACGAAAUCACAAUCAACAACAUUAUGGUCUCCAAUAAGUAGCGAUCCGAGCGCCUCUAGCGGCGAGUAGGUCGGCUCAAGGUCACGACAUGCACAACUGCCUUAAGACUGACUUUACUCACACAUAGCAACCAUGGUUGUGCUCUUUGAUCUGUUCAUAAAAAUCUUCCCCACUUCAAAACUCUCAGUUGUCGGAUGGCGAAGUAUUAUAUGUAGUGUAAGUGUAAAAUUAGACUUCUGAAAAACUGUAUCGGUAUUUUGAGGGGGAAACAUUCAACAGACGGGCAGUGAAGAUCUCAUGAGUGUGAUCAAUCCCCGUAGCUGUGUUGUUGUGGCCCUCCACGCUGCCGCCAGGGUCGCAACGGGACAAGAAGGGUCGCUGAAGGUCGCAUAGGGUAGAUGAGUUCAUAGGAGGCCUUAAAGGUCGGUCGUCAGAGUCCACCACAAAACACUAAAGGUCGACAACAAAGACCCUUCACUUCCCACAUCCAAUCACACUUUUGAUUCAAGCUUUCAGAGUGUUAGCAACAGUGAAGUGCUGCAUCCUUAACAUCAGUGAACUGCCGCACCUUGAUAGCGGUGAAGUGUUGUACCCUGUGAGCGGUGAAGUCCCGUACCUCGGUAGCAAUCAAGUAUCGUGUACUGGUAGCAGUGAGAGAUUUACACUGGUAGUGGAAAGGUAUCGUACUUCGGUAGUGGUGAGAUAUCUUACCUUGGUGCCGGUAAAGAACUUUGCCCUUGUAGCAAACUAUGAAUAAUCGUACCGUGAUGAGCGAUGAAGUACGACACCUCGCAUGGUGUUCUUAGGUAGUGGUGAUAUAUUGCACCUUGGUGGAAGGAUUUCGGAUCUUAGUAUCAGGUAUUGUACCUCGGUAGCAGUUAGAGGCAAGGUAUCGCGCCCUGGCAGUGGUGAGGUUUAGCACCCUGGUAGAAGGGCAUUGUACCCUAGUAUCAGUGAGGUAUCGUACCUAGAUAGUGGUGAGGUAUCACACCCUGGCAUUGGUGAGAUAUUGUGCCCUGGUAGCGGUGUGGUCUAGUCUCAUAUUCUAGUCUACUUAGUAUUUCAAUUAAACUGUAACGUAGGUAUGAAAUACAAGAGAGUGGGCGUUUUGUGGUUAUUACCAAGCUUGCGACAACUCUUCUUGUCACAACAAACAGGUGACCCACGACAGUCUUUAAUUUACAAGGGUUUGUGUAUUUUGUUCAUGGUAUAAGUGUAAAGAAAAUGGAUUAGAAAUAAUUUUGAAAACAUAUCGUAAGGGUUUUGUUUUCUUUUUCAUCAUAAGAUUUUGUUUCUUAGUGGCAACAUUUGUUAACAUAUUUACAACCGGGAUCACAUAAGGCGUCAGUAUUAUCAAAGAUGAUAUGAGCAAUCAUUCAAAUGCUGUGAUGUGAACAUUAGGGUAAAUUUUGUCACUUUGAACAUUACUAGACAACAUAAUAGAUUAGAUUCUUUUCAUACGAAUCUUUAUAGAGUAAAGAUUCUCUUAUCAAUCAAAGUCUAAAAAAAAAAAGACAUGUUGUUGUAGAGAUCUGUAUUCUGUUCCGUACGUUUCCUUAAAGCAUCAACGAAGACCCCAGCCCGGACUCUCAACACCGCCUGAACCUCAAGGAUCUCUGGCAGCAAGGCUAACGAAGUUCGGCUGUGACGUCAUGCAUGUAAACAUUAGAGAGAUCCUAGUGCCUCUUCCACCAAUCGCAGAACCUAUUCAGUGUCGCCUGCGUGACGUCAUAUUUGAUUACCGUCGGUCUCUGCCCUCACUCCUGCAGCCAGGGGAAAUGAGUGACAUUAGAAAUGUAAAGGACCUGGUAGUGGACCUUGUUGACAGUGACAAAUGUUGAUAAUUAGCUUAAAGGCUUGUGUAGUACAGAAGUACCGUAACUGAAAAUGUUAAUGACAAUCGGUUUUCCAUCGCUAAUAUUGGACUAGCAUGACUAGUUUAUGGAUACUGUGGUAGUUGUUAUUAAUAACUCGGCCAUAUUGUUGGCUGUCUAUUGUCAUACAUAUCAAGGUUAGGUGUUAGGACAGUGCAACAGUUUGGGUAUAGGGAGGGACGCUAGGAGUAACACUCUUGUGUGUGUGUGUCUGUGUAGGAGGAGUUAGGGAGGGGGGGGGGUCACAGUGCCAAAGGUAUGCUAGACUCUUGCAAAAACUAAGUAGCCGUAGGACUCAACGGGGAAUCCGUGCGGGGAUAAAUGCCCAAUUAAUAAAUGGAUUUAGAGGAUCCAGUAGCAUUGUAGGUCACUAUAGAUGCCCCUUUCUUACGGUUAUGGUCAAAGCUGGCUCAGUCCCAAGAGUUCAUGACAAUCUGAGAGAUAUAUCUCGUGACUUUAUUUUGUCCUCGCACUCUCGCUCAUGACUCUUGGCAGACAACCCGCUCAGAGUUAUCGCUCAAGUGCUCAUCAGGUUUUAAGUGUCGUGUCAGAGUUCGGGCCCAGUGUGGAAGACUUCUGCUUAUCGAGGAAUAAGAUUUAAUGAAGAUCGCUGAAGAUCGCCUUCGUUUCGUGUACAAAUCUCUCAAAUGAUCUGUGAAGACAUGGCUUUGUUGGUUGUUUAAAGGAUAACUUUAGAAUUAGGUACAUAUCAUCAAUCAUGUCUUUGUCUUAGAGCUGCGGCCUCAUCAGCUGUUAUGUUUUUUGUCGGGUUGCAAGUCAUUAGGAGUUUUAUCUGUGCUGUGAAGAGGAAAACGAGCCAUCCUGACCCCACCCGAGGCUCACAACAGCUGGUCGGGCCGCAUGUAGUCCUAGAAUCUAUGUUGAUUUGGAAUUUGGAUUGAAAACAUACCCCUUUGUAGGUGUUAAGGGAUAAUGACAAUAACUUAAUGGGAUAUCGGUAGUUCUCCAAUUUGAGGUAUUUCUGAUACAACUCCAGUUAAAUGGUGCACAAUUAGCGAAUCUUGUAACUGGCGAACUGCCCAGUUUGUUAGCAGUCUCGACGGACCCUUGAGUCUCUUAGUCUCUUUUCAUACAAAGUUGAGCGACCUUAAUGCGUUCGAACUUUCUAAACUAGUCAUAGAAAUAUAUCAUCGAACUUUCCUUUUUCUCCCUAUAUGUGAUGAGGUCUUCAAUUCUGGGCUUAAAGUGGGUUGAUAUAAAGAUCCUCCUCCCUGGGCAACAGUAAGAGGAGAUGGUGUUUGUCAACACCACAGAUAAUGCCGGGUGUUGGGGAGCUGCUCACACGCUGUUGUCUUGUACCCACAUAGAAGGAAAGGAUAGGGACAACUCAGUCUUUCUCUUAGUUACCCCAGUAGACGUGCUGUGGUGUUGCACCAUAUGCUAAUAUCCUCAUGCGGCCAUUCUUCUUUAUCUCCUCCUGAUUUGUUUCGCGAAUCUGUGUUAGAAAAAUAUUUAAACAUAGACCUAAAAAUUGUAUAAAUGGAGUUAAUGCUACACACACACACAUACAGUAUAUAUAUAUAUAUAUAUAAAUAUAUAUAUAUAUAUAUAUAUAUAUAUAUAUAUAUAUAUAUAUAUAUAUAUAUAUAUAUAUAUAUAUAUAUAUAUAUAUAUAUAUAUAUAUAUAUAUAUAUAUAUAUAUAUAUAUAUAUACUAAGCAUGUGAAUGAAGAUACAAAAAAUGCCAGAAGUAAUAUAGUGUAUAAUGGAAGUAGAAUAUAAUUAUUUACCUAAUAUACAGUGGUGUGUUUGCUGUCUUUCUAAUACCAUUUGAAUAUUAUUACUAAAUCUUACUUUUACAAGAUGUACUGCCUUCAGAUUUGCCCAUUUUUUUAAACGUGCAAUACUGUACAUUUUCCAUGUUGGGAGAACAUGAACUUUUUUUUAUAAAUUGUUUUUCGCGAAACAAUUGAAAAAGGAGAAUGGCCUAUUUUAAAAUAGUUUUUAGUACUGUAACUCAACAUUUUUACAUGACCACUAAUAUUAAAGGAGGAGUUCCAUGCGAAGGGGUUUCCUGUUUGAAAGAUCUUGAACGCUGAUAAACCAGAGUAUUAAUGAUAUCCAAAUGGUGGGGCGGCAAGGCAGUUCAGGCUAGCCGCCAAAGUCAAGCUGGUCAUUUGUAAGAUCUACUUUAGUUGACCUGUGUUGGUGGAAUUAUUACAAAGGUGCUUUCUGCCCGAUGGCUGCGGAGAUGUGCGAAUAUUUAUUGAUAUAAUAUCUUCCAGUCUUGUCCACUGCUUGUUGAACCGUCUGUCGAUCAUCUGUCUGCCUCACCAUAGAUAGAACCUAGGCCUCAACACCUUACAUACAGACGCUGGCGACUGUACAAGUAUCAAGGGUUUGUAAUAAAUGUGUAGCCAUUGUUAACCCCUGGAUAAGUCUGAUGGCUCCUAAGGAUAUGCCUAAACUUUUGCAAAUCAGUAAACAUGUUGUAAAUCCUUGUGUUUUCUAGAAAAACUAUCCUUUGGUAAUUUAGGUUGCUUUGCAAACAGGCGGUGGCCAGUCUUCUAUUGUUACUCAUUGAAUGUCGCUCACUAAUUUUCCGUUUUCUGUGUCAGUCUCGGAGUUGACAUUGUGAUCAUAAAGAUGACUGGAAGGUUUUGAUAGUAUUAUAGUUUGUUUUGAACUUUUCCAUACCUCAACUCAUUAACACCAUGAAACAUUUAACUGUAAACUUAUUGGCUAUGAUGCUUUUAUUUGUCUCUAUUUAUUUUGACCUUUUUCAGAAUACAGUAGAUUGUGCUUCUUUAUAGUACUCUCACUGAUAUUACCAGCAAUAAGUCACAUGCUGUAAUAAUUCGUGUCACGUGUAGGAGGGAAAUGAUUGAUGAUUAUGUGGCCGGUAGGCAACUGUAAAGGCUUCCCGUGUCUAGAGGAUAACGAAAAGUUAUUUUAUAUAUACGCAUUCACCCUUGUCACAAGAUGGCUUUAUUGUGACAACUGUCAGAUCAUUGUACAUUAUAGCUUAGUGGAAGCCAACAAUUGAUACCAACUGCAACUUUCUCAUUCACGAGAAUUUCUUGAAAAUGUGUUAAAUUUAAUUCAAGAAAUCUAUUGAGGGCCAAUAUUAAUAACCUAAGACACCCUUUGUUCUCAUCAUAUAAAUUUGGAGAUCCAUACUUAUUGAAAUUAUUUGGAUUGGUCUCCAACCUCUCUCUCAAGAUGUCAUUCAGGACCUAUUGUUUGCCGGUGGUCAUAUUUAUAUACAGUACUGUGUUAAGUGUAUGUUAUUAUAAUGAAUGUUUUGUAACAGUUGGAAAGUAAAAAUUGUUACGAC